AUGCAGCUGGCCCUCUUCCUUGGUUGCAGAGCCUUGUGCCACCCACCAAUUGUAGAUCCCACACUCAUAUAUGUCGAGUCCUCCCCCCAGAACAGCCCGUUCCCUUCUGUUUGUCUGAAUUUCCCUUGCGUCCGCGCUCCACCAUGAUGCUAUCUAGACCGGGAGUUAGUAUUCGGAGGUUCAUAUCACAGAGACGAGUUCAAGAUGAAUAUGAUGACGGGGUUACUAUUGGAACCGACAGGCUGGGUAACAAAGCGGGACGGAAAGACGCCGGCACGCCUAAGAGGCGGCCCUAUAGUAAGAAACGACCGCCGCCGCCGAUUAUAGUUAGCAGGGAACAAAGUAUUCAUGACAUACUGGACCCUUUACCACCACUUCCAUCACACGAAACGCCACGUUCUUCAGCUAGUUCAUUGAAUAGCAGCGACCGACACAACGACUAUAACUUAUCACAAUCAUUCGAUUCAAAGAGGUCAAAGUCGCCGCUUUGUUCCAUAUCCUCAAAGGAGGAUUACAGCAGGGAGUCUCUCCAACUCUCUAGCGCCACGAGCUACGGAGGCGAUGACUUCCCACCCAAACCUCCACCCAAGGGUCACGGAAGGUCUUCAGAAUCUCUGAGGCGCCAGAUUGAUUUGCCAGGUUCGAAUUUUGAUCUGACGGAAGCUUUAUCUUACCAAUCGGAGGACAAAGCACCGACAUCAAAGCAGCGCCUGCGACAAUCUGAAUCAUUGUCGAGUAUCUCGGAUAACAUUCAACAACUCAUUCAAGAGGCAGAUGAGGCAUUCAGGACCAUCAGCGCUCUCACCGAAGUACGAAUUGCGGGAAAUACCAAUACAACAAAUAACACAAAUAACGCACGUAACACACACAAAGAAUUACCGCGAAUACCUACACCUGAUCAAUCGCCAAUAUUGAAGCCGGCAACGCCUGUCCCUCAAAAUCGAGUACAGAACCCGCCACUACAAGUUGUCACUUCGCCGCUUCAAUCGCCUAGACGAACAUCAACCGCGACUGCCGGAGUGAAGAGGAAGAAGUCUAAGAAGUCAAAGACGAGGUCAAUGCGGCCGAGCCGGAAACCUGGUGCCGCCAAGUCGGCGGCGAAAAGUGGACCAGGAUGGGCAUUAUCGGAUAAUGUGACGGAGCUGUUCAGCGGGAAAUUCUUCCGAAGGGUCGAGGUGGAUGAAAUGCUUACGCCGAGCCAGUUAGAAGCGUACAGACUGCGUAGGAUGUCGAUAAUGCAGUCGGAGAAGUCGACCGAGACUCUUGACACCGAAUCGAGCGAUACGCCGAUUGAGCCAUUUCACCUCGACGACCUUCCCUCUCGCAUCAAGUCUGCCAGCGUGGAACUCGACGUCGAGACUCCGACUGCGGAGAGACCUAACCCACCAGGUCUCGAAGCCGUCGUACGCCGAGACUUUGCGCUGGAAGGUCACAAUGAGAACCAGAAUUCCAACAUGUCGGCGGCGUCUCGGACGGAUAUUGGAGAAGAGCCGAUGGAAUACAAAGAUGCAAUUUUCCCUACGCCACCGCUGAGACAUUCCGCACGGUUUACUAGGAGAAGUCAGGGGACCUUGCCUAGUAUACCGGAGUCCUCAGCUGUCACAACACCCAAAAACGACCUUUAUAGCCCGGGUCUAGGGAAUUCACGAGAUCUUGUAGCCGAUUCAAAUUACGUUUUCCUUCAAUCGUCACCAUGCUCCAUGACCAGUCCCAUUUUCCGACACGGGCCAAUCCGAUUAGCAAAAAGCGAUCUGAUAGCAGACAUGAAAGUCGGAGCGGACGAAGGACUGGACUGGACAGCGUUUCAAAUGGCUAUUUCCGGAGGAGCCGGAGAUUGGUUCUCUGAAAGCGACGACACGAUUCGCCGCAGAGAGGCGGAGGAGGUCCAAGAAUUGGUCGAAUGGUUUGAUUCGUGGAACUUUAGCCGUCCCGGAGGCCUCGUAAAGGACUACGAAAUUCCCAGUCCCACGAGUACGACAUCGGGUGAGGACUACUCAGACGUGUCAUACAGUGAAAUCGAGAGGGACAACCCGUACAGUCCGCACCACCGGUGGCAGCAGUCUCAGCGCAGGAUGGCGGCCGAAAGCCGUCAACUAGAUCGUGACAUGUCCGGACUCGAGUUGGACACUUCGAAAAUGUUCUCCGACGACCAAUCGAGCUACAAGAGCUAUGACGGCCGCGAGAGCUACGCCAGUCUUCCUCAGAGCCCAAUGUUAGACCUUCGGGUUGUUCGGAGCCCAGAGGGUGACGAUAUGGACGUCGUCCCCAUGGGCUACAAUCUCGGACACGACCUGGGAGAUUUCCUUAGAUGGGAGGCAGAACAUGCCUAUGCUGGUGAUUUUUACAGUUAAAGAGCUCAGGCGUUAUUUUGGGUUUGGGCUCUUUUUGAUUUUCGGCUUUUGAUUUUUCGAACAUUCAUGUCAUGAACAAGGCGCAUAUGUUUGCUGGGAAAUGCCAACUCACCUUUUCGAUCCCAUUUUUACUUCUCUCUUUUACUUGGAAUGAGGCCUAUGUCGGAAUUUUACCACACCAUUUACUGACCUAUCUCACCGUCAUUAUACCAUUUGUUCUUUCGGGCGUUGGAAGGUACACGCUCCAUACAAAAACAAUACUCGAUACAUUUUGGGGUAUGCGAAGCGCGGCGCUUGGAUUUUUUCAUUUUAUAAACAUCAUUGAAGCAUUUUGAUUUAGCCAACAUACGUCAUCUGUAUCUAGGUAUUCGUUACGCAGUGCAGAGACUUGGGAGGUAUGCUGAUGUCAACCGUUUUUACAUCGGGAAUUUAUGAGGGACACGGGCUAGGAUAAUUGGAGUUCAAUGUCAGGAGUUAUCGAGUU